CCUGCGCGCUUCCGUAGAGAAGCUGCUGUUUUGUUGACAUCUCUCCUCCAUCAGCUGACUGAAGUUAGCAGCUCGUCAGUUCACGGACACAAACUCAAACCCUCAGCAUGACUUUCACCUCAUGCCAACGCUGCACGCAUGAUACAAAAAGACACGCGCUCACACCACGAAAGACAGCUCGCGCUUCCUCAGAAGAGCUCGCGACGAGCGUCGGCUGUCGCUCGUGAGAGACGUUACAGCGACCGUUAGCUUCGAGCUACGACAGGAAGCUAACGCGCUAAGUUAGCCGAUGUAAAGCGACACGAUGGAGGGGAUCCUGUACAAAUGGACGAACUACAUGACAGGCUGGCAGCCGCGCUGGUUCGUCUUAGAGAACGGAGUUAUCUCUUACUACGACAACGAGGACGACGUCGGUAAAGGAAGCAAAGGAUCCAUCAAGAUGUCCGUGUGUGACAUUAAAGUUCAUCCGACAGAUCCCACGCGUCUAGAGUUGAUAAUCCCCGGUGAGCAGCAUUUCUACGUCCGAGCUGUGAACGCCGCAGAGAGACAGAGGUGGCUGGUGGCUUUAGGCUCGUCCAAAGCUGGAACUCUGGACAGCCACAAACACAAAGGUCCUGACUGUCUGAAGACGAAGAUGUCUGAACUUCGUCUGUACUGUGACCUCCUAGUGCAGCAGGUCCAAACCAUCCAAUCACAGCACAGUGACGACACAGAGGCGGCGCCCACCUCAGAGGCCUCUCUGCUCAGUGCAACCUGUGCAACGUUCAUCAGGACUUUAGAGGAGUGUAUGACCCUGGCCAACCAGAGUUUAACACCCGACCUCCGACCUCCUGAAAGGAUGAAGAGGUCAAUCAGUCACCCUGGAACAUACAGCUUCGACAGGUCAGGGGUGCUAAAGGAGUACUUGAGUGGAGGUCAAAGAUCAACUCAGCGCAGGAACCGGACAUGCUCCGACAGCUCUGUUUAUGACACUGAACGUGUGCUUUCCAGUCUCAACGGCGACUCGUCCUCCAUUCCUGAAGAGAGAGGCGGCAACGUGAGCCCAAAGACCACACCCACUGACACAGACACUGACCUGUCCAUCUGAAGACGAGACCUCCAUCCCAAAAAAAACAAAAACCCUGCUGGACUCUGUGAGAGGUACCAGGAACAAGAUCGGUAUCAGUGGCUGCCUCCAGUCCAGAUAUUGACGAGAUCUUCAAUAAACCAAGGAUGGAUUGACCUACA